AGCAUAAGCCAGUGCUGCAGACGAAUGUGAACACUUAUUUCUGAUUGCUGAUCGGCUGUUGGUAGAUAUGGAACUACAUUCUUACUUGGUUAGCUAGUUGCAGCAAAGCAAAUACUUUAAAAACUUUUUUUUUUCUGAGUGCUGGUCAGAGCAAACAGAGAGGGACAAUGUGGACCAAACAGUUUCUGUUCGUGGUGGUAAUCCUGGGCAUGUAUCAGGUUAUUUCACAAGACAUUUACGUCGCUGAAGUAAUGGUGGAGAGCAACGUCACACUGAGCUCUGAAAACAUCCUGGCAAGUUGGAGCAAAGACACAACUAUUACAGCAAACACUGUGAUAAUCAGCAGCGAACUGGUUGCAGAAUGCCUAGUCAUUGGGGAGGACUACAGCUGUAACUGCUCUACAGGCUAUGCUUGGAGUAACGAGGUCUGCUACAGCUAUGGUUGCUGCAACGAAAGUACAUGUAAACAAAAUGUGUCUCAGGCAACAUCCAUAUGUGUGCCCAAGACUAAUGUUCUCAUCAUCGUAUCGGCACCCACUAGUAUCACAGUCACAGAUAUUAAGAAGAAACUGACGGAGAUGAAUGCCGUGAAUGGUUCAAUCGAUAACAGCGUCCAUCCCACAAUUCCUGAUUAUAAUGAAUUUAAGGUGAAAGUCAAUGUUGACGUGAACUCAUCCAAGCUUCAAGACCUUCUGGAAAGUUUAUCAUCAUCAAUAUUAGUUUCUACACAAGGAAUGGUAAACAUUAAAGGACCUUCAGCUACAGUGAAAUAUGAGUCAGAUCAAACUUUCAGUUGCACUUUUGAGUACGACUCGGACAGUGCUAGCUGGAACCAAACAAAAGGGACUCAGAACCUUGGCGUCAGAGAAGGACUUCUAACAGAAAUAAAGAACUGUCCCCCCACAGUGGAUUACAAGUCCUGUUCUGAAAUGACUCUAAAAAAAGUGACGGGUGCAUGGGAAGGUACAUAUAUGUGUAUAUUUACCAUUGGGAAAAUCAGACAUACUGCCAGCACUGCCCUGGAUGUGGCUCUUCUGCCGGAUGAAAUCACCAUGACAUACAGUCCACUCAUUGCAGACUGCUCAGAAAAACCAGAGACUCCUGCAAAAGUCACUGUAACAGCAAUGAUUCCAGAAACCAAAGAAACAUAUAAGUUGACAUGGGAGGAAAAUGGAGAACAAAAAUCUCAUAACAUGCUAAUCUAUCUUUACUUUACAGUUUCUAGCAAAUCCGAAUUCAAACACACCGCUUAUAUCGAUUGUAGGAAGGACAAUACAAUCCAUGUUGUGAAUGUCACCUUUAAAAACUCAGAGCAUCAAAUCAAACAUAAACACGUUAACAUCUCAAUAUUGCAAGGCCAAAAAUCAUGUGACUUGGAAACUGAAGAUGGAGUGGAUUGGCCUAAAACUCCCCUUGAAACAACAGUGGAAAAUCCAGAAUGUCCUGCAGGCCGGAUUGGAUUUAGGAGCCGUACCUGUAAUAAAAAUGCAGUGUGGGAGGAUGUUAUAUCCAAGUGUAUCAGUGAGGAACUUGGAAAAGUUGCAAAUGCAGCUGAAAACUUUCGGAAUGGACUCGGAGCUACUCCAGAGGUGGCUAAAUCCAUAUUUGAAGGGAUUAAGAACACCUCUUCUUCAGCUAGCUCUGGUAGUUCUGUUGAUGAUUUAGCUGACAUUGGUGCUUCCAUCAACAUCUUUGGGGUUAUGAAAGAUGCAUCGAAAAACAUUGAACUGGGAGAAGAAAUGUUGAAUGACGUAGUUGAAGCAGCAAGCAAUAUGGUGAAUGCUUCCUGGGAUAGCCUACCUGAAGAAAAUAUUCUUGAGAUGUCCUCUCAGUACCUAACUAAUGUGGAGGGUUUGGUCAAGGAAAUCAAGGUCAACAACAGUGAGGGAUUAAACAGUUCAAACCUGGAGCUCAGAUUCUGCUCAAAUGAUGACUGCAGCAUAUCUAUUUUUGGCGUUGGUGUGAAUAUGAACAAGACCAAUGGAACAGUGAAGACCAUGGCGGUGAAGAAUCUGAUGAAUAAAUUGAAAAGCAAAAAAUUACACGGGAAAAACCACAGCAGCCUUGUGCUUUCAGCCACGCUUGUGGACAGCAAUGAUUCAGAUAUAAAUAUCCAAAUAUUCUUUCCUGAUGAGCAACCAUCUGCCACAGAACGGAUAUGUGUUUUCUGGGACAAUGAUGCGAAAGACUGGUCGAGUGAAGGCUGUGUUGCAAACAUCACAGAUGACAACCAAACACUUUGUAUAUGCAACCAUCUCACUGCCUUCUCUGUCCUCAUGGCCAAGAGCGCCAACGUGUCCUCUGAAAGUCUUGAAAUGAUCACAUAUAUCGGCCUAGGUGUAUCCAUUUUUUCCCUGCUGAUCUUCCUUUUUGUUGAGUCCCUGGUUUGGUCGGCCGUGACAAAGUCAAACCUGUCGCAUUUCCGUCACACAGCAGUGGUCAAUAUUGCCGUCUUUCGCUUGCUUGCUGAUUGCAGCUUCUUGGCUUCCAUUGAGCCCGACAGCCUCUCUGAAGACAUGUGCUUGGGUUUAACUGUCUGCAAACACCUGUUUUAUCUAGCCAUGUUCUGCUGGAUGCUGUGUCUGAGUGUCAUGCUGGUCCACCAGCUCAUCUUUGUUUUCAGUCCGGUCAGGAAAAGAGUCUUCAUGUACCUCUCCAGCAUUGUAGGCUAUGUUCUUCCAAUGGCACUUGUGGGAUCAAGCUAUGUGUAUUACAGAUACACUGAGCAGGAAUACUUUGAUAAAAAGAGCUGUUGGCUAAGGUAUGAUCGACUGUUGGAAGGCUCCAUUCAUGCAUUUCUUCUUCCUGUAGGCACCAUUGUUUUGUCAAAUCUCUUCUCCAUGGUGGUUGUCAUUGUCACCUUGGUGAAGACUUCAGUUCCAGACAGCAGCAAAGCAGAUGACAAGGACACAGCCAAGAGCAUUCUUAAAGUGGUGGUCUUUCUAACUCCUGUCUUUGGGGUCACAUGGAUUUUUGGCUUUGUUUUCCUCAUCCUGGAAUAUGACAGCCCCCUGCAUACGCCUGUAAACUACAUUUUCACCAUCCUCAAUUCUUUCCAGGGCCUUUUCAUUCUGCUAACAGGUCUGGCUGAGCAGAAGGUCAGGCAGGAACUUGUUAAGAUUGUAAUGGCAAAAACUGGGCGGGACACUGAUAGCAUCAAGAAAUUUACCAAUAGUUCAGCUACAACCUACACAAAAGACAAGUGAUGAAGACUGUGGAGGCAGAGAGAGCAGCGCUGAUGUCUGAAGCUUCCCUGGCAUCCCAGGAGGCAAGAAGUUUGCAUUCUGCUUUUGGUCCUCGGACUGAUACAUAUGUGUAGCUGAUUGAUCUAACAAAAACAUUAAAUAUAAUCGAAAGCUUAUCAAGUAGAAGACUGAUAUUUGAGUAGCAGUGAGGUGAUUGAAUUUACAAAAAUAUAUGGUAGACAUACAUUCUAUUUUUGUCAUUGUCAGACAUAAAUCACCAACAUUGUCGAGGGUAGGGCAGAUAUAUAUAUAGAUUUUCCUUAUUAUAUUUUUUGAAAAAUAAAGCAAAUAGCAAAACAUGAUUAUUUAGCUGUAAGUAGAGGAUUUAAAAUACAAACAGCAACUAAGCAGAUUUACUUUCUGUUCCAAGCCACUGUAUAUAGAACAAUUAAUCAUUUAUCAAAUCAUUUCUGUUUGUGGUCCUUUAAUGAUAAAAAUGUUAACUCACAUAGUUUGAGAAGAGGUGUAAGCUGUAUACAAUGCUUGUAUAUGUCUGUAUUUAUUAGACAUUGUAGUGAAAUAAAGAUUAAUUUAGAAAUGAAA